AUGGACUCUCUACCACAAGAAAUCCUGGAUAACAUCCUCGGCCGCAUACCUGCGCGAGAAAGCGACAUACAUAACAGUGAUUUCUUCGACGACAAUUUCAACUCUAACUUUGACUAUUCGUCAUUUCCCAAUGAAGAUGGAACCUACGAUUGCGUACCGCCCUCACCGCGUUUUCGACCCGAUCUCGCGUCCAACUCCCUUCGUAGCCUAGAUGUGGAGAUCCUGAGGCCCCAAUAUCAGAAAUGCUCGAGUUCCUUGGACAUCGUCGAGAACAUGGCACGCGGCGACAAGGCCUACACUGAGGCCCUGAGAAACUUGAUGCUCAUGCUCUUGGAAUGGCAAGACGGCGCCCGAAUUUCACUGAUAAUCGGUUGCCGUGAAAGGACCACCGCAAAAUACGCAAACCUUCCCCAUCUGAAUGUGCUAAAUCCUCAACUCUUUCCCGUCGUUGCAUGCCUCAAGAGCUUUCAGAUUGCACACUUCGACUACGAAUUCCAUAUGAAUUCUCCACGUAACUUUAGACGUAAUAUCGAGGGCGACUUCCACCUCAUGCAAAAGUUUCCCAACUUAGAGUCCUUCAACUUGAAAACUCCCGAGUUUCCCUUCUUUAUCAGACCGCGACGGGAAAUGCGACAAUCCUCGAUCGACGUUUUGUCCUCAAACCGGCUCCCGGCGUCAAUAAGCACGGAAAGCUCGCCAUCACACCCAAUAUAUGGAGAAAGCGACCCUCUCUUCAUUGCCCUGCGCCGAGCGAUCGACGGUCUCUCGGAUUUUAGCUACGAAGGCCACCUUAGCUCUUCUUUCUUCUGGUCACCACCCGCCAGCCUGGGUGACGCAGUUCCAUUACCGUAUUGGCAAAACAUGACCAAGCUGACGGUCGAUUGCGACAUCGUUGCCCCUAGCGGGGAAUGGUGCCUGCAACACUUUGUAACGUUCGGCUCCGCGUAUUUACGCAACGCAGGCGUGGAUGACGUCUUCUUUGCCCGAGGAGAUGCUGAAGAGCCAGUGUGGGAAGCCGAUGCCGACAAACUCACACGGGACAGAUUCACGGAGCGAGGAUUCAUGGAGGUGACCGACCCAAGAGUGGCAUGCAGCAAGGUGAUGGUACCGAUGCUCGCAUCCAUUGCCAAUGCGGCGGGCCAGAUGAUCUCCCUCAGGGAACUCCGAUUCAAAAUCAUCAUGCCUAUAUGCGGUACUAGAAACCGUACUGUCGAAGGAAUCCACCGCUUUCAUGUCGAUUAUCUUGCCUCUGGAGUGAAACCAGACUCUGGAUCUUACAUGUACGACGGACUGGAGUUUCCGCGUUGCGAAUGUAGGGACCGGGACGAACUGGCGGCGAAGACAGCGUUCAAGGCGGGCAAUCGUGAGAAAGCUGGAAUUAUACGGUCCGCAAUAAAGGCAAGGAAGGAUGACUAUCCGGAAAGCCCAAGAUGGCUUCUUAAUACGGAUCAGUGGCAGCCGAAUGAGGAAUUGCUCGAGCUGCUGAGGCGAGGGGGCAGAAAAGCCCACUCUAAGGACGCGGUCAUCGUUCUUCACGCACACAACCACAAUCAGUAUUCGCCUCCUGGGAAUGACUGGAUGUAA